CUCCUCAAAGAGUCUAACACACUGGAAAAUCAAAGCGCUCGCCUCUCCUGCUCACACACUGCCUGCGCCGCGCGCAAAGCGCACAACCCAAGAAAGACUCUAAGUUUCCAUUCUCUUUUAAAACGACUUAUGCACUUUUUAAAAUGAUUUUUAUUCCACUUUAGAAGAUAAUGUAAGUGCGUGUUGUGUACAGAAAAUGUUUUUUUGAGUCUUUCACAGCUGAACAUGAAUCUUCUCUUUGAACGCAGCUGAGAAUAUCUGAUUUUAGGAAGAUGGACCGGAGGCUUCCGAGAAGGCGAUGGACGUUGGCAGGGCAGGUUGUUUGUCUGCUCUUGUGUGCGUGCGCACUGGACCGGGUUUUGGCGCAGAUUCGCUAUUCAAUUCCCGAGGAGUUGGAGCACGGGGCUUUCGUUGGAAAUAUCGCAGAGGACUUGGGCUUGGACGUGGCCAAAUUGUCUUCACGGAGAUUCCGGAUUGUAUCUGGAGCAAGAAAACAAUAUUUAGAGGUGAAUUUGGAGAACGGGAUUUUGUUUGUGAAUGAGAAGAUUGACCGCGAGGAGCUCUGUGAACAAAGUCCCGUUUGUUUCUUGCACUUGCAGGUGGUUAUUGAGAACCCUUUGGAACUGUACAGGGUAGAGGUGGAGAUCUUGGACGUGAAUGAUAACGCUCCCAGUUUCCCGUGGAGCGAGUUUAAUCUAGAGAUCACGGAAUCUGCUGCGCCUGGCUCCCGGUUCCCGCUGGAGAGCGCGCAGGAUCUUGACGUGGGCUCAAAUUCUCUCCGCUCGUACUUACUGAGCGCCAAUCAACACUUCCUACUGGACAUUCAGACUCGUAACGAUGGCAGCAAGUUCGCCGAACUCGUUCUGCAGUCGCCGUUGGACCGAGAGCAGCAGAAGACGCACGAGAUGGUGCUCACGGCUGUGGACGGUGGCUCCCCGUUGCGCUCGGGCACGGCUCAAAUCACGGUAACUGUCCUGGACGCGAAUGACAACGUACCCGUGUUCGACCGCUCCGUAUACCGGGUCAGCUUGGUGGAGAACGCACCGAGAGGCACGCUCGUGCUCAAACUGAACGCCACGGACCUGGACGAAGGCGCGAACGGGGAGAUCACCUAUUCCUUCAGCGGGCACGCGCCUCUGAAGGUGCGGGAGCUGUUUAGCGUGGACUCUCACUCAGGUGAGAUUCGGGUAAAAGGAAUCGUUGACUAUGAGAGGGCCAGCGUGUACGAGCUCUACGUGCAGGCGAAAGACAAAGGUCCCUCCGCCGUGGCUGUGCACUGUAAAGUGCUGGUUGAUAUUCUGGACGUGAACGACAAUGCGCCCGAGGUCAUAUUAACCUCUGUGUCAACACCUGUUCAGGAGGACGCGCCGCCGGGCACAGUGAUAGCCGUGAUCAGUGUAAUGGACCGCGACUCCGGAGAGAACGGGGCUGUGGACUGCCAGAUCCCCGGAAACGUGCCGUUCCAGCUGCACUCCUCUUUUAAGAACUAUUACACACUCGUGACCAGCGAGUUUCUCGACAGAGAGUCUGUCUCGGAGUACAACAUCACCCUCACGGCGCGCGAUCUGGGCUCGCCGCCGCUGUCCACCAGAAAGACGAUUCUGGUUCAAGUGUCUGACAUUAACGACAACCCGCCGCGCUUCAUUCAGCCCUCGUACACUGUAUAUGUGACCGAGAAUAACGCCCCGGGCGCUUCCAUUUGCUCGGUGACCGCAUUCGAUCCGGACUCUAAUCAGAACGCCUAUUUGUCCUACUCCAUCCUGGAGGGUCAGAUUCAGGGCAUGCCCGUGUCCACUUAUGUCUCCAUCAAUUCCGAUAACGGCAACAUCUACGCGCUGCGCUCUUUCGAUUACGAGCAGCUCCGGAACUUUCAGAUCCGCGUGCAGGCGCAGGACGCCGGUUUCCCGCCGCUCAGCAGUAACGUGACCGUCAAUGUUUUUGUUUUGGAUCAGAACGACAACGCGCCGGUCAUCCUAUCACCACUGCCGAGAAACGGCACCGUGGCCACUGAGAUGGUGCCCAGAUCGGUGGACGCUGGAUACCUUGUGGCUAAAAUCACUGCACUCGACGCGGACGCAGGGCAAAACUCUCGCCUGUCAUAUCAGGUGCUGCAGGCGACAGAUCCCGGGCUGUUCAGCGUGGCUCUGUACACCGGGGAGAUCAGGACGAUCCGCCGCUUCGUGGACAAAGAUGCCAUUAGGCAAAGACUCGUCAUACUGGUCAAGGACAACGGGCAGCCGCCGCUCUCGGCCACCGUGUCCAUCAUUCUCUCGCUGGUGGACAGCGUGCCGGAGUCGCUGUCCGAUUUCGGUGACCUCUCGCUCAGCCCCCAGCCCCCGUCUAACCUCGCGCUCUAUUUAAUCGUGUCACUGAGCACAGUCUCUCUCAUCUUCCUCGUGGCUAUCAUCGUUUUGGCGGCCGUGAAAUGCUACAAGGACCACGACUCCCUCGGCGGCUACGCGCUCUCCUCGCUCGGUGCCGCUUGCUGCAGCUUUGAACCGGAGCCGCCCGCCGAGGUGUUCAAAAAGUCGAAUCUCAACCUGCAGAUCUCCACCGGCGCGAAAGUGCCCACGAACUGCGUGGAGGUAAACAGUAAUCCUGGAAAUCUUUCUCAAGCGUACUGUUACAAAGUGUGUUUGACGCCCGAAUCUGCAAAGAGCGACUUUAUGUUUCUCAAGCCUUGCAGUCCCGGCACACCGAGAAAUAACGCGGCGAGAGGAGCGGAUAACCUGGCGCUGAGCUCACAGAGCCGCUGCUCAUCCGUGAACAACGGAGCGACUACACCGAACGAGCUGAAACAAGCAAAUACUGACUGGGCCCUCACCAAAAAUCAAACCUCCUCUCUGAAAAGUUGUAACUCUGUGAACAUGGAUGGCACUCUGAUGCGUAAAGCCAUGCAGGCCGAACCAGAGAAUUAUGUGGGUCAAAUGGCUGCCGGACAGUACUGGACCUGGGGAACCCGCUCGAAAGAGUACCGGAUGCAUUCUCCAGCAGGGGUUUCUCAGAGGGCGUGGACGCCUCACUACACACCCCAACACAACCCCACCCACCACCUGCAGCAGCAGCAGCAGCCCACGGCGCAGACCCACCCGCACCCUCCACCGGACUACCAGCACAACGUGUACAUCCCCGGCACGCCCUCCGGCUUCUGCACCCUGCGGCCCAGCUACCGCAGCGAGCUUGACGUCCACAACUCUUUCUCCACCUUUGGCAAGAAACGUAGGUUCAUCUCUCCCAGCAGCUAUGACCCGCAUGAUGACACGGGGGCGGAUGUCAUCAACAAUGACUUAUAUAAUGAAUAAAACAAGACAAAAGGACCUAAUCAGUGAUGAUGAACAAAAAGAGUGACUUGUUAUUGUUACCAAAGCAUAGCACUCAUCAUGUAGUCUCAGUAUCAGGUGGUUCGCUCAAAGACCGCCACAGUCCACUCAAUGACCAUCUGAUGCAUAUUGCACAUGCAAUGCAACUUCCAUGAUUUGGGGUGUACAGGUUUGUAUUAGCCAAACUGGGGAAAAAAAUGAUGCCAGUGUGAAAUUAUGAUCACUGGAUUUGCCAUUUGACAUCUUUGAAAGCUGUUAAGAGUUGUUCAGAAGUGGAACUGUAUAGCCCACUUUGUUUUCUGUCUGUGAAAGUAUUAUUUUUAGCAGAAAAGAAAUUCCCCUAGUUUCUUCUGUUUUCCGUACAACCAUUUGCAGAGAUUUAUAGAGUACAACAGUGCUGCCCACUUUUUCAGUGGAGUUUGUUCCAGAAGUAUUUUUCACAUAGGGAUCUUAAAGAAAAGUCUUUGUUAAAGAGUUAGAAGCCAUGAACCAAAACAACCAGCUACAAGGUGAAUCACAACAUUACAAACUUUGAUUUGAAGCCAAAAAGUAUUAAAAAAUUGGACAAAAAGACAAAUGUACGAGACUGUGUACUUAACGGCUUUAAGCAGGGAAAGAACUACAAUCCCAUGAAGCAUUGCGGAUGACAUAAUUGAAUUAUAUAUAUAUAUAUAUAUAUAUAUAUAUAUAUAUAUAUAUAUAUAAUAAGUAUAAUAUAUAAGUGCUGUCACAAUUAAUCGCAUGUAACAUAAAAGUUUGUGUUUGUGUGUGUGUAUAUUAUAUAUAUAUAUAUAUAUAUAUAUGUCUGUACACACACACACACACAUUAUACAUACAUACAUAUACACACACACACACACAUAUUAUGUAAACACAAGCUUUUAUGUUACAUGCGAUUAAUGUUAUUUUGCAAUAAAUGUGAAAUAUAUAUAUAUAUAUAUAUAUAGGGAGAUUAACUUUGUUAUGCAAUUUGUGAUGCUUCAUGGGAAUAGGCAGUUGUGAUUUUCUUGUUGCGAUUCACUGAUUGGUGGAGAUUUUGCUGCAGAAUCAUGGGUAAUGUAGUUUUUCACCAGGACUUCCGCUGUUGAACACAAUUAUUUCAAAAAUAAGUUGAAAUAAUGUGUUAUGAUGGCCUUAACAAAAACAUACCAUUGAUUAACAACCUAGUAGCUCACAGUAGGUCUGUCUUUAAAGGUUUAAUAGUAAUGUUUAAAAAUGAGUUCCCCUAUAGAGAAAAUGAAUGGGAUUUUUACUUCCAGAACCCGACUGUUACAUUCUAUUUCAGUUGAACCCAUCCUUAAAUGGCACAUAAACACAAAACAGUGGUAAGUUGCUUUAGAUGUUGACCAGUUUCUUCCUGUCUAAACCAGACUAUUUGUCAUGUGACAGGCAGGGAAUACUAAAUCUCUAUGAUAUUACAGUGACACUAUGAUGGUUCUGUGUGUCACCGCUGUGCUCACACUCACUCUAAGGAGGACUUUUCACUCAAAUUGUGUGUGUUAGUGGUACAUCAUUCAGGCCUGCUCAUACCCAGCGAACAAAAAUAUGUUCUAAGAAUGUUUUGCUAAUGUUCCCAUUAAGUAAUGAAAACUGAAUGUUCUCUGAACAUUCAAAACAUUUUUAGGUUACGCUAACCUUAAGGGAACAUUCCAUUUGAUCAUUUUGUAAACAUUAUGGGAACGUUACCCUUAAAUGUUCUCCGGACGUUCUGAAACAAGUAGUAACAUUUAAAAACAUUAAUGUCCAACUAAAAAAAAAAAGUGCCAUGAACAAUGUAUAAAUAACGUUUUUGUGCUAAUGUUUUGAGAACAUCGUUAAAGACCAGAUAACUCUGAACAAACCUUCUAUUAAUGUUACUGGAAGAAUGUUUGUUCAUAACUUGCCAGAACAUUAGCCAAAGUUCUGAGAACGUUCUCUGUUUGCUGGGAAGGGCAUAUGUCCUGUCAUAUGGGCCCAUUUUACUUCAUUACAGAGGCUCUGUUCCACAAGAUAGUGACAAUAAACAGAUAUUGAAAGGAAGUUGAAUAUGACUACAUGCUCACAGAGAGAUGAUCCUCUUAUGAUCUCACUGAAGCUAAGAAACUUGCUUGUCCUGUUAUAUGAGAGACUGAAUUAAACCUAAUAUGUUAUUAUUAUUAUUAAUUGCAUCUGCUUGGUUAGCUCAGUCACACCAGGCCUGAAGGUCAAAGGUCAUUACCAUUGAGAAGCCUAGCCUGAGAUUUAAUACUAGACUGAAUAUCAUUAUUAUUUUUAUAUUUUUCCUACUGUUAUUACUUUGACAAUCAUUUCAGCCAAAAUGUGAUUAUUACACGCCUUUUGCACACGGUGUGAGCAUAUAAAUCAACACAGUGGUCAUGAUGUGGCUGAAUUAUGGGCCGGGAGAAGGUGGAUGCUCACCAAAAUGAAAAUGCUCAAUUCAACAUGAUUACUCAUGUAGGAAUGACUGGAUCCACAUUUAGACACACAUUACUGCCUCAUACAAGAGAACAGGAUGUGAAAGUCCAUUCAUUCCAAAUAUGUACAUACAAAUAUGAGAAUUAAAUAUUUUUUUUCUGAAAUAAAA